AUGGGUGGCAAACCAUUCGAAUCCAGAGGGUGCCAUGCUUGCAGACAGAGAAAGGUCAAGUGCGACCAGCAAAAGCCACAAUGUGCAGUCUGUCUGAAGAGGAGCACCAAAUGCCCGGGGUAUGAUAGAGACAGCGGUGUCUUCAUUCACCACAAGCCUAACGAUCGCGAUCACUAUUUGAACACGGAAACGAAGCAGAAUCAUAAACUCAGUAAAUCCCGAUGUACAAGCACAGGCAGGAAAUGCGACGGUUAUGAACAAGGCGUUGAUAAGAGAACGCGUGAGUGGCGUGAAUCCAGAGCCAAGAAUCAGAACAAUGAAGCUCUGCAAAUCCAAUGUUUCUCGAAAGUUCGGACAUUGGUCACGACCGUUCCUCAGCCUUUGGCAAGUGCCUGCCAGAUCGACCUCACCUGGAACGAGCGAUGGCUUCUGGAUUUCUACCAAAAUCACACAGCGGUACGAUUUUCGCAUUACUUCCAGAAUUCAUUCUGGUCCGGAUUGGUACUCCAAAUGUGCCAAAAUCAUCCUGCCGUCCGCCAUGCUGUGAUUGCUAUGAGUGCAUGGCAUACCCACUUGGAAAGAAUUCCAGCGAUCGAUAAAGAACAUUUAGAUUCCAGUCUGGCUCUUCUUCAUUGUACGAAAGCCAUUGCUUACCUCCGGGAAAGUCUUACUCGGGAAAUUCAAACUCCACAGAGCUCAAGCCUCGUCUACAAGAAAGUAAUGCUAGUGACAUGCUUGGCUUUUAUUGUGCUUGCUCUAUUCCAAGGAGAUGUCUAUUCUGCUCGCAAUCACCUUGUCUCCGGUUAUAAGAUUUUCAAAGAAUGGAAUGUUCAGAAAGAUAAAGAUUUUACUGGGGUGGCCCUGGGACAGGUUUUUGCACAUAUCCACGUUCACUGGUUUUUCUGCUCUCAUCCCGAGAUAUUUGUCGAGGGUUUCGAACUUCUUGAUGGCGAAAAUCGGAUAUGCCCGAGCAUCACAGCCGCUCCAUCAAAGAUAACUUCACCUCUCUAUUCAGGUGUUGAUCAAAUGGACACUAUCCAAAAAUUCAGGUUGCUCGUCUCGGAUUUAAUACUGAACUGCACCGCCUGCGAGUUUGAAAUUGGACCAGCAAGCUCCAUCGGCCGCAGCGCGGCAAUAGUUUUGAACAAGCUUCGACUCUGUAGAAGUCGUCUCACGGACACCCUCGUCGAAUUGGAUGGUCUUGCGCCAGAAGACUGCGAUAACAUUAAAGCCUGUUCAUUAUGGAUCGGUAUCAUCGAGAUCAAGCUUGCUGUCGCCGAAAGCCCAAAUCCAGAUGAGAUGGUUUAUGAUAACCACCUGGAGCAGUUCCAGCAUAUUACAAAUAUUGCAAGGAUUCUAGCAGACUCGGCUACCCGCUCAAGUGACACCGAAUUUUCGCCGUUCAGUUACAGGUACUCUGUUUUGCCUGCGCUCUUGUGGUCUGCGGCCAAAUGUCGCGAUUGGAGGGUCCGUCGUGACAUAUGUUUCAUAAUGCACAAGCGACCAGGGGAUGACUACUGGGUAUCUGCGACAACUUUGGCCUUGAAGAGACUAAUUGAUGUGGAGUCAAUUGAAGUUAAGCCGGGGGAAAUCAUUCCUGAAUCUGCUCGGGCCUACUGGGUUAAAGUGAAGAUUCAAUCCGAGAAAUCCAGAGUUGAGUUACGGUAUCGCAGGCCUCGAUACGGGUCACAAUCGAGAGAUGAUGGUGAGGAAUGGGAACGCGACUCAACGAAUUACUAA